UCUAGUUUACUCUCAUACCAAAUUUUGAGCGAAAAUCAGAAUAUAGAGUGAACAAAAAAUAUGCUUAGAUUGAUACUAUUGAGUUUGUUGCUAACGGCCGUGGUUACUGGACAAAAAGGCAGGCGGGAAAGAGAAUGCUCCGUUGUUAAAGCUGGAUACCAAUUUUCAUUCGAUUUGUAUAAUGAACUGGCGAGCAACAAUAAAGGAGCAAACAUCUUUUUCUCGCCAUACAGCAUAUCUACCGCAACGUCAAUGCUUAUGCUCGGCACUGAUGGAAAAACGGAAAUCGAACUGAGAUCUUUUCUUCGACACGGAAUUUGUAACCACGAAAGCAUGCGCAUACAUUUGGCAAAUAAAUAUAUAAGCAAAUUAAUGUCGGAACCGGUAGCCGAUAUGUCACUCACAGUGGCGAACAGGCUUUUCCCAGAUACAAAAUUCAACUUAUACGCUAACUACACUCAAAAGUCUGCAGAAUUCUACGGUUCGGCAGUUGAAUCCAUUGACUUCAAAGGGCAACACGAAUUAUCCAGAAAAACCAUCAAUGACUGGAUAGCAGAGCGAACCAAUGAUAAAAUACAAAAUAUGUUACCUGCUGGUAGCAUCACCCCCAUGACAGAAAUAGUUUUAGCCAACGCUAUAUAUUUCAAAGGAACAUGGAAGACGAAAUUCAAUCCAAGAUCGACCACAGAUGGUUUGUUUCACGUUGAUGAAAAUACCGCUACCUUCAUUCCAAUGAUGAGAACCAAAGCGAAGUUCUCGUACGCCACAAACGCGUUAUUCAGCAUAAUUGAAAUGCCCUAUAUCGGAGACGCAGCGUCGAUGGUCAUCGUUUUGCCGAGAGACAGAUUUGGCCUUAGCAGCAUUGAAAAGAUGCUGGACGGUAACUUUUUAAGGGCACUUACACAAUACGGAGAAAAAACGGAAGUAAGCGUAACGUUACCAAAAUUUACAAUGACUUUCAGCGCAAAUUUGGAAGACACCUAUCAAUCAAUGGGAGUGGAAUCAAUUUUCUCGAAAGCAGCUGACUUCGGUAGAAUGACAGAUUCAGAGGACUUUUUCAUAUCCAAUAUUAGACACAAAGCAUUCAUUGAAGUCAAUGAGGAAGGUACCGAAGCUGCUGCAGCAACCACACUAACUGGAGCCAGGACGCUUCGUCGUUCGCCAAAUUUCAUUUGUGAUCAUCCCUUCAUAUUCUAUAUUGUACACAAGAAAACCAAUGUAAUCCUUUUCCUGGGAAGAUACGUGACACCAACAAAGUAAAGUGUUUUGUGGUGACGAACAUUUUUCAAAGAUAAUGAGGGGCGUGUCAUGCUUUAUUGAACUAAAAAUUAAACUGAACAGCAUGUCAUGUUUUCAAUAUUUUCUUGGAUAAAAAAAAUUCGCGGAAAUUAAUUGACGAUUUCUGCAAAAUGCUGAUUCUGUGUAGUUCAACAAAUUAUUACCUCCUGAUUUAGAAGACAUCAUUGGCACAAUUCAAUUUAACCAUGACUUACAUUUUGAGCUGUCACAAAUGAGAAACCAUUUUUUUUAUAAGUACUAAUCAGUGGUUAAAACUACGCCACAGGGAUUAGUGCCAGCUGUAAUUGGUCAAGUAUAGCGUUUGUUGUGUACAUCGAACCUUGUAAUUUUACUUUAUUCCUUUUUAUUAUUAUUAAGAAUGAUCUGUUUUAAAAUAAAAUUAAAUAUAUAUAACACUUUA